AUACAGAGGAAGGAACACGAGGACGGUACGACAGGAGAGGAGAGGAGAGGAGAGGAGAGAAAAGAAAGAAGGAGAGAGAGACACAGAUAGGAACAAGAGGACGAUGUGGGACUCUGACGUCAUGGAUCCAAAAUAUCAUCUCCACUACCCUCCUGUCUGUCUUUCUAUCUUUCUUCCUCUCCUCGCCCCUGUCCUAUCUCCCUCCUCCUCUCUUUCUUUCUUCCUCUCCUCUCCCCUGUCCUAUCUCCUUCCUCCUUUCUUUCUUCCUCUCCUCACCCCUGUCCUUCCUCCUCUCUCUCUUUCUUCCUCUCCUCUCCCCUGUCCUAUCUCCUCCCUCCUCUCUUUCUUCCUCUCCUCGCCCCUGUCCUAUCUCCUUCCUCCUCUCUUUCUUCCUCUCCUCACCCCUGUCCUAUCUCCUUCCUCCUCUCUCUCUUUCUUCCUCUCCUCACCCCUGUCCUAUCUCCUUCCUCCUCUCUCUCUUUCUUCCUCUCCUCACCCCUGUCCUUCCUCCUCUCUCUCUUUCUUCCUCUCCUCACCCCUGUCCUAUCUCCUUCCUCCUUUCUUUCUUCCUCUCCUCGCCCCUGUUCUAUCUCCUUCCUCCUCUCUUUCUUCCUCUCCUCGCCCCUGUCCUAUCUCCUUCCUCCUCUCUUUCUUUCUUCCUCUCCUCUCCCCUGUCCUAUCUCCUUCCUCCUCUCUCUCUUUCUUCCUCUCCUCACCCCUGUCCUUCCUCCUCUCUUACUUUCUUCCUCUCCUCGCCCCUGUCCUAUCUCCUUCCUCCUCUCUUUCUUCCUCUCCUCGCCCCUGUCCUAUCUCCUUCCUCCUCUCUUUCUUCCUCUCCUCUCCUCGCCCCUGUCCUAUCUCCUUCCUCCUCUCUUUCUUUCUUCCUCUCCUCUCCUCGCCCCUGUCCUAUCUCCUUCCUCCUCUCUCUUUCUUCCUCUCCUCGCCCCUGUCCUAUCUCCUUCCUUCUCUCUUUCUUUCUUCUUCUCCUCUCCCCUGUCCUAUCUCCUUCCUCCUCUCUCUCUUUCUUCCUCUCCUCACCCCUGUCCUUCCUCCUCUCUUACUUUCUUCCUCUCCUCGCCCCUGUCCUAUCUCCUUCCUCCUCUCUUUCUUCCUCGCCUCGCCCCUGUCCUAUCUCCUUCCUCCUCUCUUUCUUCCUCUCCUCGCCCCUGUCCUAUCUCCUUCCUCCUCUUUCUUCCUCUCCUCGCCCCUGUCCUAUCUCCUCCCUCCUCUCUUUCUUCCUCUCCUCGCCCCUGUCCUAUCUCCUUCCUCCUCUCUUUCUUCCUCUCCUCGCCCCUGUCCUAUCUCCUUCCUCCUUUCUUUCUUCCUCUCCUCACCCCUGUCCUAUCUCCUUCCUCCUCUCUUUCUUUCUUCCUCUCCUCGCCCCUGUCCUAUCUCCUUCCUCCUCUCUCUUUCUUCCUCUCCUCACCUCGCCCCUCCUUCCUCCUCUCUUUCUUUCUUCCUCUCCUCUCCUCGCCCCUGUCCUAUCUCCUUCCUCCUCUCUCUUUCUUCCUCUCCUCGCCCCUGUCCUAUCUCCUUCCUCCUCUCUCUUUCUUCCUCUCCUCACCUCGCCCCUGUCCUAUCUCCUUCCUCCUCUCUUUCGUCCUCUCCUCGCCCCUGUCCUAUCUCCUUCCUCCUCUCUCUCUCCCUUCCCCCAUUCCCCCCCCCCCUCUCGCUUUCCCUCUCGUCCUGAACAGUACGCCUUGCUGUGGCUGGUCAAACGGAACCAAGUCAGGUGUUUCAGUGAGGUUUGGUCCCCUUCAACCAGCUACUGCGUCGUGAACUCAGUCAGCAGACAUACAUCCACAGCGGGAAUGAAAGACAGUGUACGCUGCUACUACUGUACUACUGUAGUCUACUGCUGCUGUUUUUGUGUCCAAAUCACGUCAAAUUAUACAACUUUUUUGUACCACUAUAGAUUACUUCUUUAGAUGUUUCUGUUACAUUUAUGUUUAUGUUGUGUUUCAUAAAAUAAAGAAUUAAAGAUGUGACCGUG